AUGCUGGCCACGGUCGUGAUGGCCAUCGGCGCCUUGGUGGCGCUGCUGGCUGCCUAUUUGCAGGCACGGCACAACGACGUGGUGGCCGCCCGCGCCUUCGAUGAACUCGCGGAGCGCACGGUCGAGCAGAUCCGGGCCCGCAUGCUGCGCUACGACGCCGGGCUGCACGGCCUGCGGGGCGCGGUGCUGGCCGCCGGCGGACGGUCCCUGCGCAACGAGCAAUUGCAGGCCUACGCCGACAGUCGCGACAUGCGCCGAGAGUUUCCUGGCGCCCGGGGCUUCGGCGUCAUCUGGCGCUCGCACAACCAGGAACGCAAGGUCAUCUCCUUCAUCGAGCCGGCCGCGAGCAACCAGAACGCCUUCGGCCUCGACAUCGCGUCCGAACCGUCGCGCAAUGCGGCCGCGGUGGCCUCGUCGCGCAGCGGUGAAGCCACGCUGACCGCGCCGAUCACGUUGGUCCAGGCCACCGGCCAACAGAAGCGCGGUCUCCUGUUGAUGCUGCCGAUCUACCAGACACGGGCGCGACUGGAAACGCCCGCGGACCGUGACGACGCCACGAUCGGCUGGACCUACGCCCCGCUCGUCAUCGACGACGUGCUGAAUGGCCUGGAAGGCGAAGGCCAGCGAUUCCACCUGCAACUGUUCACGCCGGCUGACCCGAGCGGCCGCAGCCAGCAGUUCUACGGCAACGCCCUCAUGCAGGCGCGGGAAGAACAGCUGCCGAUGGCGGAGCGCAGCGUCGAUGUCCAGGGCCAGCGCUGGGAUGCCCGUCUGAUCGCCACGCCCGAAUUCAUCGCAUCGCUCAACCCCACCGAACCGCGGCGCGUCGCCGUGACCAUCGGGAUGCUGUCGGUGCUGCUCAGCGCCGUGGCCUUCCUGCUCGCCGUAGGGCGGGCCCGCUCGCAGCGCGAAAGCCUGGAAGUCGCCCGCCGCGCAGCCAUCGUCGAAGGCUCGCAGGACGCCAUCAUCGGCGCGACGCUCGAUGGCGUGAUCACCGAGUGGAACAGCAGCGCCGAGCGCCUGUUCGGCUACCCGGCGCAUCACGCCCUGGGACGCAGCGUGGAAGAACUGCUGCUGCCCGCCGACCGGCAGGCCGAAGACGAAUUCGUGCGCGCCACGAUUGCCAGCGGCCACCGGCUCCAGCCCUUCGAGACGCUGCGCCGGCACCAGGACGGCUCGCUGAUCGCCGUGGCCCUGACGGCCGGCCCCAUCCUGGACGACAAGGGCCAAUGCGUCGGCAUGGCCAAGACGCUCCGGGACGUCCGCGAGGCCCAGCGUGCGCGUGCGGAACUGGAUGAGCUCAAUGCGAGCCUGGAGGCCCAGGUCGCGAGCCGCACCGCCGCCCUCGUCACGGCGCUUCGCGACAACACCGCGCUGCUGCAGACGCUGAACCGAUUUGCGAUCGUCGCCGUCACCGAUCCGUCCGGGCUCAUCCGGGAAGUCAAUGAGCCGUUCUGCCGGAUCUCGGGCUAUGAAUCGCAGGAGCUCGUCGGCGGCACGCACCAU